GCCGUGAUGUUUCCAAACCACUUAGCAUAUUUGAUGAUAUAACCAUGUACAAACUUAUAAACACCACUAAUCAUAUUUGAAGAGAUAAACCACAUAUGUUUGUUUUGAUUUCAGAACAAAACCAAGUAGCCAAACAUGUCCACCCUCAGCUGUCCCUUGCGACCCAACCAGAACAUGGUCUUGCAACCCACAAAUUCUAACAAUUUUAAAGCUACAAUUUCACUACUGUCUCAGGCAUUCUUUUAUAUAAACCAUUUCCAUUUGCAUUCAAAUCAUUGCAUCUUUAGCAUUUCAGUCUCUUGAAAUCUUUAUUCCCUCUUAUUUCUAAACACGACAACAUGAUCAGUGCUAAGAAACUCGUCAAGAUGGCAAGGAAGUGGCAGAAGUUUGCUGCCAUGAGGACAAAGAGAAUUUCAUUUCACAGAAAUGUGGACACUGCAAGUAACUGUAGUACUUCAUUCGUGGCAGAUAAGGGACAUUUUGUUGUCUACAGCGCUGAUCAAAAGCAUUUCAUGAUUCCCCUAGCGUAUCUUAACAAGGAGAUCACGAGAGAGCUCUUCAAGUUGUCCGAAGCAGAGUUUGGGCUCCCGAGGGAUGGACCAAUUACAUUGCCAUGUGAUUCGAUUUUCAUGGAGUACAUAGUCUCAUUGAUUCAGCGUGGUGUAGUUAAAGAUCUAGAGAAGGCUUUACUUAUGUCAGUUGCUACCUGUCUCUGCUCAUCAUCAUUGUCAUUUUUCCACCAUGGAAAGACAAACCAGCAAUUACUCGUGUAUUGAUUUAAUUGAAGUUUAGUGGUGUAAAUGAUCAGUGCAGUUCUAACUUGAUACAUAUUAUGAAAAAUUCCGAGGGUUUACCUUCAUUUCCAA